GUCAUGUUUGCGCACUGCAGCCGCCCGCUCUGGGGAAGAGAUGACUUCUCCACCUGCUUUGAGCGCGACUAUCUCAAGACAUUGCUACCGCUCGGCGCAUGCGCCCUCUCCCUUCUUUACCUGAUCGCCCAGCUCUAUGCCGCUGCCACCUCGUCCAAAUACUACCAUGCAUACAGUGCUCUCGACGACCCCGGCAACCCUUGGUCCUUCCGAAGCCCUCGUUACCACGGCGCGGACGAAUAUCGCGACGAUGCCGAAGACGACACCGAGCAAAACGACGACCUUGCUCUCCACCCUGUCAACACAAUGUCAACCAUUGCCAUUGAUAAGCCGCGCGGACAGCUCACCGUCGUCGUACUAGAGGAAGCCGCAGUGCUGGCGCAGCUCGGCGUCCACAUUGCCAUCCUGCUCACCCAUGCAUGGGGCAAGCACGGAAAGAUUGCGGCUAUUGCCAGUGUCGCCGUCUGGGCUUACAUCGCCGUUCUGGCCUCGUUGCGCCUACUCUUUUCCAGCACCAGCAGAUUCUCCUUUCCCGCUCUCUGGUACCACACUGCUUUCAUCUAUGGCUGCCAAUGGGUCUUUGGCGUCCUGCUCUUCCGGUCGGCAAUCAUCCACCCGCGAUCCGCGCUGCAUCAGAAGCUGGCGAUUAGCAAUUUUGCCCUCGUCUCACUUUUGUUCCUUAUUGCCCUAUGCUCCAGAAAAGGCAACAAAACCGUCGACCUCGAAUACGAGGGCGAUAUUGCGCCUGCCCGCGAGCCCAUUGCAAGCCUUUUAUCGCUUGCCACGUUCAGCUGGGUAGAUCCUAUUGUGUGGACGGGAUACAAAAAGACAUUUGAGCUCGCAGACGUCUGGAAUCUGCCUUCUAAAGACAAGGCCGGAGCCGUCAUUGCACGAUACCGUCAGGUGAAGAAAACCUCGAGCCUGGCCUAUCACCUCCUGAAGCACUUUAGGCGCGGCCUGCUCAUGCAGGCUGCCUGGGCUGCCAUGUCUGGUUUCCUCACUUUCGUGCCCACGCUGCUUCUCAAGGUUAUCCUCGAGUAUGUUGAGAGGCCGGAUCUGACUCCUGCAAACGCCGCAUGGUUCUAUGUCAUCCUGCUCUUCGUUUCCGGCUCUUUGACAGCGCUCGCCGAUGGGCAGGCACUCUGGCUUGGACGGAAAAUCUGCAUUCGAUUGCGCGCUGUUAUUAUCGGAGAAAUUUAUGCAAAAGCCCUCAAGCGUCGCGCCGCAGCUACGAGCGAAAAGGUUCUAGGAAAAGAAAAGAAGACCAAAAAGCAACAGAACGAGGACGACGAGGACGACGAGCAGCCCAAAGGAUUGAAGCGGAUAUUCAAUUUCGGAAAGAAGAAGAAGAACAAGUCCUCCAACAAAUCAGAGGAUGAGGAUGAAGCGCCAUCAGAUUCAGAUGCCCAGGUCACCACCGGUGCUAUUAUCAACCUCAUGGCCGUGGAUGCUACCAAGGUUAGUGAAAUAUGCGCGUACUUGCACUUCUUGUGGGCAAACACACCUGUUCAAGUUGUUGUAGCUGUGUUCUUGCUCUAUCGCAUUUUGGGAUACAGCUCAAUUGCAGGUAUUGGCCUGAUGAUCUUCCUACUCCCUGUCAAUAUGUACGUCGCUAGGCAGUUCUCCAAGAUUCAGAAACUCAUUCUCGCCGCCACCGACGCACGAAUCCACACCACCAAUGAGGUUCUCACCAACAUUCGAAUCAUCAAGUUCUUUGCCUGGGAACAGCGCUUCAUCGGACUAGUGAAUGAGAAGCGACACAUUGAGCUGAAGCAUCUGCGUACUCGUUAUAUAUUCUGGUCGAUCGCUGCCACGAUAUGGUCGGGCUCCCCUGUAUUGAUUACGUUGUUGUCUUUCUUCGUCUACACGAACAUCGAGCACAAGGCUUUGAUCCCGUCAAUCGCUUUCACUGCUCUCUCGUUGUUCCAAAUUCUAAGGAUUCCGCUGGACCAACUCGCGGAUAUGGUUGCGCACGUCCAAGAAUCAAAGGUAUCGGUUGACCGUAUUGAGGAAUAUCUGAUGGAACACGAGACAGACAAGUAUUCGCAGCUUAUUACCCAGAAGAAGGAUGAAGAUGGCCAGCCCUUUAUUGGAUUCGAAAACGGUACUUUCAGUUGGGGUGGCACUGAUAUGGCAGACCAAGCCGCGGUAGAUGCCUUUAAGCUCAUGGACCUCAACGUCAACUUCCGCGUCGGCAAGCUGAAUGUUGUCAUUGGACCUACAGGAUCUGGAAAGACGUCGCUGCUCAUGGGCUUGCUCGGUGAGAUGACCAAGCUAAAGGGUGAAGUGUACCUGCCUGGAGGAGUCAGCCGAGAAGAUCUAACCCCCGACCCGGAAACUGGCCUCACCGAAAGCGUAGCAUAUUGCGCCCAACAAGCCUGGCUAGUGAAUGGUACUGUCAAGGAAAACAUUGUAUUUGCAAGCAAGUGGGACCAGAAACGCUACGACGAAGUCAUUGAUAUUUGCUGUCUGAAGCGGGAUCUCGAAAUUCUCGACGCUGGCGAUGAAACGCUGGUCGGCGAAAAAGGUGUGACUCUUUCUGGAGGCCAAAAACAACGCAUCUCGCUCGCUCGCGCAAUGUACAGCAAAGCUCGCCAUGUUCUUCUCGACGACGUCCUCAGCGCUGUCGAUGCUCACACAGCCAAGUGGAUCUUCCACUACGCACUCCAUGGCCGGCUCAUGGCGAACCGAACUUGCAUUCUCGUCACGCACAAUGUUAGUCUUUGCCUGCCACAUGCUGAAUUUGCACUCGUACUCGAUAACGGACGCAUUGUUGCUCAGGGCACUGCAGAUGAAGUGAUCAAUUCUGGCAAGCUCAACGAGGACCUCUCUAAAUCACAGCCUGCCUCACGUGGUGCAUCGAAACCUCCUUCUCACGCACCUUCGGAUGUAGAGCAAGAGCCCAAUGGAGACGCCAAUACCAUUAUUAACGGCAAGGCAGACACCAAGAAGGCGCCAGCCAGCAACAGCAUGGAUGAGAAGAAAGCUGAAGGCGGCGUCAAGCUCAGUAUCAUACUCAUGUAUCUCCGAGCUAUGGGCCCGUGGUACUACUGGGUUGGCGCUGUCAUUGCUUUUGUUGCAGCGCAGAUUUCCUCCGUCUCUACCAACUUGUGGAUUCGCACUUGGGCAAAUGCCUAUGCAGAAAAGGGCUAUGCGGUCCUGGGCAGCCACCAUCGCUCACCUGUCACCCACGCUCCGACGCUGAGUGGUGUAGGAACCUGUAUGAAAAGUGGCACUUGCAGCUGGAACAUGCCGUUCUUCACACGGCCAGAACAGCCGUCGUACUCGUACACCACGAUGCAGACCAGUUUUGGGUCUUCUAGUCCCGAGGUCGACUCUCUUUACUUCCUUGGGGUCUAUGCUAUCCUGGGUCUCAUCUUUAUGUUGAUCACAUUCCUACGCGAAGGCUUCCUUUUUGGUGGUUCCCUGGCAGCAUCACGACGUCUGCACGAGCGUCUAAUCCAAAAGGUCACGCAUGCCAAGUUCCGUUUUUUCGAUCAAACGCCACUUGGCCAGCUGAUGAACAGGUUUUCAAAAGAUAUUGAGGCUAUCGACCAAGAGGUUGCGCCAGAUGCUAUCGGUGUUGUCCACUGCUUUGCUUCCAUCAUUACAAUCGUCAUACUCAUCUCGGUCAUCACGCCUGGAUUUCUGGUCGCAGCCUCUUUGAUCUCCGUCCUCUACUUCCUUAUUGGUCGCUUCUACAUUAGCUCCUCACGCGACCUGAAGCGAUUGGAUUCUGUAUACCGAAGCCCCCUUUAUCAGCAGUUUGGAGAAACCUUAUCUGGCAUGACGACCAUUCGAGCCUACGGCGACGAGCGGCGCUUCAUCCGCGAGAACUUGACCAAGAUCAACACUCAACACCGUCCCUUUAUCUACCUCUGGGCUGCUAACAGAUGGCUCGCUUUCCGAAUCGAUGUCGUUGGUGCCAUGGUCGCUUUCUUCUCUGGGGCUUUUGUUGUCGUCAGCGUCGGGCGCAUUGAUGCAGGAGCCGCUGGCCUGGCACUUACCUAUGCUGUUACGUUUACCGAGAAUGUCUUGUGGUUUGUACGACUGUACUCGUCAAAUGAGCAGAACAUGAACUCUGUCGAGCGUGUCAAAGAAUACCUCGACGUGGACCAGGAAGCUCCUUCUGUCAUCCCAGCCAACCGUCCGCCUUCCAAUUGGCCAAGCAAGGGUUCUGUCGAGUUUAUCAAUUACAGCACAAGAUACAGGUCUGACUUUGAUCUUGUGUUGAAGAACCUGACGUUUAAGAUUCUACCGGGAGAGAAGGUCGGUGUCGUGGGCAGGACUGGUGCUGGAAAGAGUUCCAUGGCACUUGCGUUGUUCCGAGCGCUCGAGGCCGAACAGGGAAAGAUUCUCAUCGAUGACAUUGACAUUGGUUUGAUUGGUCUUCAUGAUUUGCGCGAGAAUGUCGUCAUGGUACCGCAAGAUCCGACACUGUUUACAGGCACAAUCCGAAGCAACCUCGAUCCUUUCUCAAUCUUUACCGAUGAAGAGAUUUACACGGCCCUGCGCGAGGUCAACUUGAUCUCCAGCCUUUCACGACCUACCUCGGGCACUGUCACACCUACUGGAGAAUCUACCCAGCCUGGUGCUGCAGAUUCUGCCUCGGCGAACCGCGACUGGGCAUCACAGGAUGAUACAAUAGUAGUGAUGCCUGAUGGACAUGCGACUGCGCAAUCUGCGAUGGACACCGACAACAAGAACCCGUUCAAGGAUCUCAACUCUCCAGUGUCAGAGUCUGGUUCCAACUUGUCGCAAGGUCAACGACAGCUUCUAUGUCUCGCGCGAGCGCUACUCAAGGUGCCCAAGGUUCUGCUCAUGGAUGAAGCCACUGCCUCUAUCGACUAUGCCACCGACGCCAAGAUCCAAGAAACCAUUCGCAAGAUUAAGAACACGACCAUCACAAUAGCGCAUCGUCUUCAGACCAUCAUUGAUUACGACAAGGUUCUCGUUCUCGAUAAGGGUGAGGUCAUUGAGUACGGCCACCCAUAUGACCUAGUCCGCAAGGACGGCGGCUCCUUCCGAUCCAUGUGUGAAACAAGCGGCGAGCUAGACACUUUGACAAGUACAGCCAAGACGGCAUACGAAGCCAAGAAGAACACGGCUCUCAACUAACAACCACUCUUCUAUCCACUAUAGAAGA